AUGAGGGUGACGACCAUUAUUAAUCCCCCCGUCGGCCUUGAUGAAGUCAUGGCCAUCAUUGAAAUUGUGUUUCCACACUUCAAGGAAGGUGUGAAAUUAGACGAGCUGGAGACAAAGCCUUUUCCUUAUCUUCUCGAACAGUUACGUGCCGUAGGCAUUCUAGGCAUGCGGCGCGGUACCAUCACGACAGACAACGAUGUUGAUGUGUCCGAAAAGAACAGAGGCACUCUCCUUGUUGAGUAUCCAAAGGCGUCUGCCUUUUACAAUUUCCUUGCAUCCCCAGAGUUCGCCUUGUUCAAAGACAAGGUAAAGCAUGGCGUCACCGCACCACCCACGCUCAAGCUUUUCGAAACAAGUAGUGGUCUAGAAAGCGUCGGUGACGACACGGCAUUGGGAUUGAUCCUACUUAGUCCCAAAAGCGGCAACGAUCUAGCUGGCCUACUAGACAGGGUCAAGUCCUUAGCCAAACCUACUCUGGGCUCUCGCGCUGUCUUUGGCGUGAAUCUGAAUUCCGAAGACAACGAGAUCGUGGUGCUCGAAAGCUUUAAGGAUCAGAAGGAAUUGGAGCAAGCGAAUGUUCGACCAGCACAGCAAGCCUUGUUGAGCCAGCUCCGCGAGAUCGCAACGAUGACCCACCUGCUUGCGAACAUUGCCAAAGUUGAUGUCUGGUAG